AUGAACAACGACGUGGAGGUAGAGGCUCGCCCUCGUCCUUUAUCUACGGGCUUAUGGACGCUAUUCUCCUGGCUGCGUCGUGACGAUCGAUCUGCUUCCAGCGAGAGCCUCUCAAGCGCCGGUUCUGACAGAACAGUGGCAAGCUUUGCGUUCCUGACACCAGCUCGCUAUCAUCCAGCGAAAGGACCCCUCGUAGUACCACCACCCGGACCUCCAACAGACUCGUACAAAAAAAGAGUGCAUGAUAGAAAUAUCCGACGUCAUCACGAUCGUGAUAUAACAUUACACCGUAAAUACGGGCUAUUUAAGAGUGAGGGAAGUUGCGGUUACGACGCUUUUAGCUUACCACCAGCACGUAGAACGAACGCCGAGUCUGGUACUAGAUGGGACCGCGAGAGAAGAGCUACAAGUGAAUGCUAUCAACGUCGGCUAGCGCACGUUCCCGGCAAGAGACGGGCACCCCUACCUCCUGCAACAUCUGCUGGCCCUUCAGCAUCUUUGCCACGCCGCCACAGUAGAAAACGACCUGCCCCGCAACCACCUAUAAGAGUGUUAGAAAAGAACAAGGACAUUUUCAAAGAAGUUCACGUAAACAUUGAUACAGUUCAAAUGCAUUCUAACACAUAUCAAGAUAAAACCAAAACAAAGAAUAGUGAUGUUUUGAUGGGGUGCAAAUCUGAAAAAUAUAUUAAAAAAGAUGCAAGUAGUAAAGAUUCAAAAGUUAAACCCGAAAAAAGUUUCUUGAAGCAAAUUUUUGACGGUAAAAAGAGAAAUUCAUAUAUAGAUACAUCAGCUGUAAAAUUACUUCCGAGUAUCAGUGAAUUAGAUAAACAGGCAGCUGAGUUAAUUGAAACAUGUAAAUUAAAAGCCAAUGAACAAAAUAAUAACUCUACUUUUGGCGAGUUCAAUGCACAUAGCUCUAAACAAAGUGAUGCAUGGAUCUGUACUCGUUGUUUCAGAAGAUAUAACUCUUCAAUAGUUACUUGUACUUAUUGCGUCUCCAAACAAAAAUCUCAACCUUCUGAAGUUUGUGGAGAUAACAAAACAACACUAGCCAAGGCUUCAAGCAGUUAUACACAAACAGGAAAUGACUUAUCACCAAAUAGAAAAUAUGAUGCGGAAGAUAAACAAAAACUUAAAGAAAUGUUAAAAGAAAUGAAAGACUCGCUUCCUAAACGACCAAAACAUGACUUUAACAGUAAAACAGAAAACCAAACUUCUGCGGAGCCAAAAAGCUUUGGGAUGAAGUCCUUUUCAACAGAAACUCCUACUCUCCGAGUCGGGUCAACAUUUCACGAUGAAAUGAAAUCAGUCGCUGAACCAUCCACGUCAAGUCGAGUCGUCGAAAUAAAACCUACACUAGAAUCAAAAAGCCCAUCAAACAACCCAGUUUCAGCACAAACUGCAUUAGUAGCACAAGUUAUAUCUGCGUAUAAGAAAAAUGUUGACGAUAAUUUGAAUUUGGCUGCUAAACUGGCUACAAAAAAUGACAAUUUAGAACAAGUUAAGGUAUUUGAUUUUAACGUAAAACAACCUGAAAGAUUACCACAAAAUCAAGCCUCCGAGAAGAAUAAUUUGAAUACACCACUGAAAAUAUCAUCACUAUUAAACCCUAUGUAUGUUCCCAAGGAUUCUCUUCUUACCAAACCAGAUUUAGCUAGCAAAGAAGAAAAACAGUUAAAAAACGGAAAUGUGGUUGCUGAUAUAGUUAAAGACACAUUUAAAUGUUCUCUAAGCACAGGUAUUAAAACGACGUCUACCAACGUAUCAGUUGGCCCUUCCACGUCUCGAGUUACUGCCAUGCCUGCAGAUAUCAGUAUCGAAAAUAAGCACAAAGAAAAAUGUAAAAAGGUGUCUAUUCCAUUUUUAAAAUCCGCAGUUCCAAAUACGUCAACAGAUACUACUAAAAUUCCAGAGUCAAUUAAAACCGAAGAAAAUAAAAAUAUACCCAAGUUGUCAGUGCUCCCAAAAGAUCUAAAUGCAGUGAAAAGUAUGGAAGCACUAGAUCAGCAUUCUAGACGUAGAGAUUUAAUUAAUCAAUUGGAGAAAUCUAUUGCACAAGGAGACGAGCGGGCAGCAGCAGAAGCAGCUGCCAAGCUGGCACAAUUACGUUUGUCGUGUUCAGUGCUAUCAUUUUCAUCACAAAUAUUAUCUCGACCUUCUACGUCGUCAAACGGUAAUGAAUUAAAGGAAAGUACAGGAGAAUUAAAAACAACAAUAGUGACUAAGCCAUCUACUUCAACCAACAAAGAUUGUGAUAAAAAUGACAAAAAGGAGUCACGAGGUCUCAAGUCGAACAAUGUUAAAGAAAGAUCUCCCCCAAAAGUUUCAGUUGGCAACAUAUCCGCUGCUAAUAAAACAGAUAAGUUGACAUCGCCGGUAUCUCAGACAGAAACCACGAAAGCUUUACUUGUACCUCAAAAGAAAAAAGAUGGAGAAGUGGCACAAAAGAAGGAAAAAGAUAUAAGAAAAAUUCCUGUUCCAAUUACGAAUGAAGAUAAAAUAACAAUAGCAGUAUUGGUGGAAGAUCGAGAGGCAACGAGAGGUCCUGUGCAUCUCCGAGUAAGUCGACGAGCAUGCAUACGAGACCUUCGCCACGAAGCCGAGAGAUUACUUGGCCUAGCACCAAAUCUACAGCGUUGGAUUAUUGGUCGUGCUCUGUGUGUUAAUGAUAGCACACCUAUAACAUCGCUCGCUGGAACUGAUUUCAGCGCACCAUUUUAUUUGUGUGUAGUAGAAUCAGAAACUAAAUUGGAAACAAACUCCCAACAAAACAGCAGCAUCACUACGGCUAAAACAAAUGACCAGCCAACAAAAUCAGGAGAUGUUUAUACAGAACUAAUGCAAUUAGAACAACAAGCAGUAGUUCCUAACGCAGAAAACUUCGAUUGUGGGAUUUGUAUGGAAGAGUAUCCUCCUGGUCAAGGAGUAGUGCUACGUGAUUGCGUACAUAUUUUUUGUAAAGAUUGUUUGUCUGAUGUAGUGCGUCAUUGCGAAGAACCAGACGUUCCUUGUCCGGCUAUGGGUUGUCGAGGAAUGUUACAAGAACGAGAAAUCCGUGCUCUUGUGUCUACUGAGGACUACGAGCGCUGGUUGGCACGGGGUUUGGCUGCUGCAGAAAGCGGAACUCGUAACGCAUUUCACUGUCGAACUCGAGAUUGUAAAGGUUGGGCAUUGUGCGAACCGGGAGUUCAACGCUUUCCAUGCCCGGUGUGCAAAUGCAUAAACUGUGUGCCAUGUCAGGCUAUCCAUCCAGGCGAUACCUGUGAGCAGCAUCGCGCUAAACUUCAGCAACCAACAAGUGAGAAAUCGAAUGGAAAUGCAGUUGAUGAUGGAACGCGAACACUACUCAAUUCUCUUAUCAGCAAAGGGGAAGCUCUUGAGUGCCCUGAAUGCAGUGCCAUUAUUACAAAAAAAUGGGGCUGUGAUUGGGUGAAAUGCUCAGCGUGUAAAACAGAAAUAUGUUGGGUGACUCGAGGCCGGCGCUGGGGACCGGGAGGUAAAGGAGAUACCACUGGUGGUUGCCGUUGCGGCGUAGACGGCAAAAGAUGCCAUCCAUCCUGUGGCUAUUGUCACUAA